AUCGAUACAGUACGCCAACAGCUAGCCACAGCCGGCAGACGCAGAAAAAAAGUAUUUUUUUUGCCAAUAAUUUACGCGAAGGCUGUUGGAAGGCGCGCUUUAAAUUUGUAAUCAAUUUAUCUCUGUGUUGGUGGUGUAAGAGGGAGGCCUUUUCAAUUUACAAAAAUGUGCUGAGCUACGGUUCCAAUUAACGUUAAAAGCAACUUCAGGCCCUCUCUGUAAUAUAUUUUUUUAUCAGCGGAGCGAUUCCACUCCACUUCACUUCACCACAGCCCUGCAGCUCUUUUAGAUUACAUACAUAUUUAAGAGAUAUAAUAGAGCUUUGAAUUUCUAGUGGAACGCACGUGCGACAAUCCUCAACAAAAACCAAAAAGAGAAAAUGAAGGAAUUAAUAAGAAAAUUACUUAAUCACAAAUACCUGACGCGGGCACAAAUUGAUGGGUUCGAUAAGUACAAGUAUAGCGCCAUAGACACAUCGCCGCUUAGCCAAUAUGUAAUGCAUCCAUUCUGGAAUUGGCUUGUCGAGUUCUUCCCUCGCUGGUUCGCGCCAAAUCUAAUGACAUUCUUGGGCUUCCUCUUCAGUGCCAUGAAUCUUGUGCUACUCUCGUAUUAUGAUUGGAAUUUUGACGCCAGCUCUGGAGCGGAGGACACCACUCCGAUACCAUCAUGGGUCUGGUUAGCCACCGGCCUCAAUAUAUUCAUUGCCUACACCCUGGACGGCAUUGAUGGGAAGCAAGCACGUCGCAUUGGACUCUCCGGACCGCUGGGAGAACUCUUCGAUCAUGGCCUAGACUCGUACACAGCUAUGCUGAUACCCACAUGCCUUUAUAGUAUAUUCGGUCGAAGCAAGGUGUAUUCCGUGCGACCGAUGCGAAUGUACUACGUCUGCCUUACAGUCUAUUUCAAUUUCUUUGUAUCCCACUGGGAGAAAUACAAUACCGGAGUUUUGUAUCUGCCAUGGGGAUACGAUCUCAGCAUGUGGGGCAGCACAGCUAUGUACUUGAUCACUUGGUUUAUGGGUUUUGAGCGUUGGAAAUUCGAGAUACCCUUGGGAUCAUACGGCACAUUGCCAUUGGGUAACGUCAUGGAGGCGGUCCUGCAUAUCAGUGCCAUGGCAAAUUUACCCUUGGUCAUCAUCAAUGUUUACAACUCAUAUGCGAAACGCACAGGACGCUUGCUGUCUCCAAUGGAGGCCAUACGUCCCAUGUGGCCAUUCCUCACAUAUUUUGUCCUGCUCCUGGUCUGGCCGUAUCUGUCACCCAAUGAUAUAAUGGAAACCGAUCCCAGGGCAAUAUUCAUGCUAAGUGGCACUGUCUUCUCCAAUGUUAGCUGUCGUUUAAUUGUUGCCCAAAUGUCUGUUACCCGAUGCGAGGCCUGGCAUUGGCAAACAUCCAUGUACAUUGCCUCGCUGCUGCUUAGUCUGUGGAUGCCUUUGCUGGAGAGGCCUUUACUCUACAUGCUGCUAAUUGUGACGACCCUCACCCACUGGCAUUACGGGGCCAGCGUUGUGAAUCAGAUGUGUGAGCACUUUAAUCGUGUAUGCUUCACCGUGCACAAACGCAUCCCGGAUGCUGAAAUGGAAAGACGGAAGUCGGAGCUCAAACAGGAGCUUCCUGAGCAGCAGCCACUCAAGCAGGAGUAGGCUCUUCCGGGAGCGCAGCUGCUUUCAACGUUUGCUUCUAUUUUGUAUCAGUCAGAAAAGGGUUUUAUUAUUUUGUUGCGCAGGAGGCUGAUUAGUUAAUUCGAUAUAUUUGUGAGAUUAUAUGUAAUUUUGUUCUAUGUGAGUUCGCAUUAUCGUCCCCUCUUUGUGUGUCCUUUUUUGCUUUGAAAUCAAUGUUCUUGUUGCUGGAAUUCCAGAACGGACUUUAAUUAGCUACAACACCAAAAUUGUUUAUACUUAAACAUAACACCACGAAACAUUAUUCCAUUUUAACCAUGACAAGUUAUCGAAAGACCAUGAUGGCGAAAUGAUAUUAGACCAUGACCUCUAACAAAGUCGGCUAGUUAUCUAGAAAUGUUAACAAAUGACUAAACAAAGUUAAUAUCAAUGCAAACAACAGUCCUAUAUAUAUGUAUGUACGUAUACCUUAAUAACCAAUCUACCUAAAAUCCUUAAGAGAAAGACAAAAACGCAAUUCUGAACAGACUAGUGAAUAAUUUUAAUUUAUUUUCGCUUUACAUUUAAGACUUGAUGCUAGCCCAAAGGAAAUAUCCAAUCACUUCCUUUGCCCUAUAAAUUAUAUUUAAAGUUUUCAGAUUUUUAGUCCUUAAUUCUAGACAUUAUCGAAUAAUUAUAAUUGUGCUAUGCUUAAUUUAUUUUGUAUUGUAUUAAAACAAACGAUGGCCACACAUUUUACUACAAUUAAUUAAUUAAUUAAUUAAUGACCGCAAAGACCUCUAAUAAUUUAAAAAUUAUAAACUACUUAUACACACACAGCACGCUUAAUAAAAUAUUAUGUAAAACAAAACAAGGAAUGAAACUUAGAAAAUGUCGCCUAUCCCCCCCCGUCCACCCAACCAACCAACCAACCCCGCGCCCCUAUCUACAAACAUUCAUACAUCUCAUUCUCUCUCUACCCUUGUGUAAGUGACAAGACAAUUAUAAAAAAUAAACUUUAUUUCAAAACAACA